AGAUGCUAGAGAAAGUCAGCAACUCGAGCCAAUGGCGGAAGAAGGCGGUGGUUAGGAAUCAGGAUAAAUUCCUAUUGCGCAAUAUUCUCCUUCUGGGCAAGGCACUGGCCGAUCAGCUUGUCCUUGCAGGAUGCCCAGAUGGCUCCUAGAAUGGGAGCCCCUUCCGUCAGUAAGCCGCCCGAGGCAGCCACCAUCACGCCCAUUGAGCUGGCCUGCCUCGUGCAGCAGUACCUGAUGGAGAAUCGGUUCCCCAAAGCAUUGCAGGAGUUUCAGACUGAAGCUGGGCAUCUUUUGUCUACCGUCCGCACACCGAAGUCCAUGAGGAGCUUGACCGUGAUCCUCAGCGAGUACAUUAACCUCAAGACUUUUGAAGCUCAAGCGGCGGCAGAGAAAGCUAGGACCGACCAGUUGCUUCGCAACCUCUAUGGGGUCUUGGAAGACUUUAGACCUGGAAGCAUCAAAGACUACGUCGCCGGUCAGUCGACCGACCCCGACAGAAGAGGCCUAUCGCAGCAGUCUCUUGGGAAGGAGAAUGUUCGGCAGCAGCGGGGAAAGAAGUCCCGGAAAAGUGGGGCCAGCAAUGGGGGCCCACCCAUGUUUUUGGCCCCUGUUCCGCAUCCUAGCAGCCACCCCCCAACUUUUCUGCAGAACGGUUCCAUGUGGCCCCAGCCAGGCCAGGGCCGUUAUGUGCUUUCGCCCCCGUUGAACCCUGCCCCCAGCUCAAGCCCUGGCGUCCCCGGUUCUUCCCCCUCCCCCCUAGGGUUGUUCCAGCCUCCAACCAACGUGCAAACGCCCCCGGAGAAUGGCAGCGGCCGCUCGCCCGGGGGAAUUUUUGGCGCGCAUAAUGAUCCUGCUAUGACAACAUCGUCCGCACAGCCUGCGCCAACUUUUAUUCCCCUCCAUCACAGCCCUGGCACGUCUCAGCCCGCUCCCACACAAGCCGCCUAUCCUGGAGCGGUUCCUUUCCAAGAGCAGCCCGCAAUGCCUUUCUCAGCCGCGCAAGCAUCUGGCAACCUAGGGGGUUCGCCGACCACUCACCCUGUAAAUAAGCCACUACAGUUGGAGGGGACCCAUGGAGGUCCGCAGCAGGCCCAGCAGUCCACAGUCGCUGAACCAAGCGCGUCUCAUCCACAAGGGCCUGAAUUGAAUAUUGACGAGGCAGGCCAACCUCUGCCGUCUUCCCAGGUGCCGGAAGCAGGGAGGAGCAGCCCCGCAUAUGAGCAGCCAGCUGGAGAGAGUGGAGUGGGGAUGAGUGCGGGCCAAACUUGGCCUUCUCUGGAGAGUCCGCGACCUGGACUGCUUGAUAGCAUUCAGCAACGAAACUCGUCCAAAGACGGAGGGACGACAGUGCGCCCUGAAACUGUAGACCUCUCCACGCCUCCAAAAGCUCCAAAGGGUGGGGGUGCAAGGGCCGCAGCAAGGGCGAAGGCGUCCCCGCUAAAGAGCCCCCACGCAGGCAGGAAAGGGACCCCCCGGAAACGAAAGAUGGACGGCCAGGGGGCUGCGCCUGCGCCCAAGAGGGCGUCCCCAAGCAGGGCUUUGUUUGGGGGGCAGCCGGCAGGCGCGCCGGAAAAGCAACCAAAGAAGGCCUUAUUUACGGAUGACCCUGUAAAGAGCAGCCAGAGCGCAGAAGGGGACGGGUCGAAGGACGGGCGGGAGAGCGACGCGGGGUUGCUGGACCAUCUAGAGUUGCCGGGGGAGGAGCCGAUGGCGGAGGCUGACUUCCGGGCGCUGGUGGUGGACACGUUUAGCAAGGACCUGGACCUGCCCUCCAGGAUUGCGGGCCACAUCACGCAAUUCCUGCACGGGGGGGGCCAGGGCGCGGGGGAUGGGGAUCCUCUUGGCGGGCUCGAGAUUCCCGGGGACGCUUCGGACUGGGGAGGGGGCGACGGGGUGGGUUUGGGGGACGGUUUCUUCACGGACGACGACAUUCCCGUGGAUGAUAUCCUGGCAGCCAUCACGGCCGACCCCCACGUGUCACAACUCCUGGACUCGCUCGCAGCAACUCCCGUGUCUCUGUCAGGAUUCGACGAUUUCAUUGCAAACGACAAAAGCUAAAGCCACAGUAAUAACCAGGUUCCUUUGGUGGCAGCUUCCCUAUCCAUCCGUACCCCGUUCUUGCAUGCAGUUUGCUGAAUGGCAUGUGUAGUUAAGUUGUCUUUUGAGUUGCACCAAGGUUCGACGAUGAUUGCACAUGUGUGAACAAUAUCGACUUGACUACUUCAUUGAAAUGCGGAAGGGUGUUCCACUAGGUAUUGCACAUGUGUGUUGGCGCG